AGUAAAGGUCGUGGGGAUUAUCAGCUAGUAAGUGUGUCUAGCAUACAAUGUUAUAUACCCCCAUUAUCGGACUAGGAUGUCAUUAGAUUGUGAAAGUUUGAACGAAAAUGUUGCUUCAUUUGUGGCUCUGUGUGCUAGUCUUUCGACUCUCGUCAGCGGAACAUGUUUCAUCGAUCCAAUGCAGCAUUCCGAGAUCAAAGAUCUGCAUCAUCCAGGAUGUCGGAUUUGUGGAUUCCACAGUGCCCCAGUUCCCGAAUCUUGACGAUAAACAUACGCUUCACAUACGGGGCGGGAACAUGAGCAGCUUCGGCAAGGACUUCCCGCUCGGAAGGGUGAGGAAGCUUACUCUCGGUCGACUUGGAAUAAGGUCACUCUGGGUGAAGCACACCUUGGCACAUCUGACCGCUGAAGGAAACCACAUUCAAGAGGUGUUCAUGGAGGGCACAGAAAAGUAUCAAAUGCAGUAUUUGAAUUUGAAAAACAAUCAGCUCAGGAGCAUUCGGGAGUUGAAACAUUUGACGAACCUUGAGGAACUUUGGUUGGACGGUAAUCAGUUGGAGUUUCUGGAAAUGGAUAACUUCGUUGGGAUGCAGCAAUUGAAGAAGCUUUCGCUGGCAGGGAAUAAAAUCGAGCAGAUUACUACCUCAUCAAACAUCGAGCUACCAGCGCUCGAGAUGUUCUCGCUGGAGUCCAACCACCUGACCAAGUUGAACGUGAAGAAUUGGACCAUGCUGCAACUGACGGAGCUUCGACUGGGCCGUAAUCAGUUGGUGAAACUGGAUGUGGAUAAUUUUGAUCACUUUGUCAGCUUGGAGGGGUUGGCCCUUGCUGACAACGCUUGGUACUGCAACUGGCUGAGGAAAGCCCUCGCCGACAUUGGUCGGAAGUUUAUCACUCUGCUGGACAGAGACGAGGACUGUCCUGCGAUGCCGGUGGAGGAGAUUUGCUGCACAACGGCGCUUGCAGAGGAUGAACCGAUUUUCGCUGACCUCGUGAAGAGAAUCCGAACGGUCGGGGAAUCGCAGAAUCGAUCGCGAGUGGAACUUUCACAGAGAAUCAAUCGCUUCAAUGAAUCUUGGCACGGAGAUUGGGUAGACUUGGACCGGGAGGUAAAGCGGCAGGAGAGAAUGAUAGAUGAAAUCAACGGUCAGCUGAAAGAUGAUAACCGUAUUACGGCGGAUGAUGUCAAGGAAUUGGAAAAAGCGGUGAAGGAGAUGGAGAGUGGCCUGGAUGAAUUAAGAGAAUUGGCGAGCGAGCACGCCCAAUUCGAACAUGAGUUUUCUCGGUUGUUUUAUAUAGUGAUUGAUUCCAAAAAUAUGUUUUUGAAUGAGAUGCGGAAGGCUGCAUCAAUUGAGAAGGAGAUGAAAUUGUAUAAAGAUGUCUUCGAUUCAAAUAUGUAGUAAUUGAUUGCGAUGAACGUAUGAUUAUUGUUCGUUGUUCGAUCGGAUAUUAUGUUAGAGCAGGAAUAGAUAACAACAAUUGAAGUAAAUGUGUAAAUGCCCUUUUUCAGUAUAGCGUUUUUACGCUAUUGGGUGAAAUAUAUGAAAGGUAAAAUAUA